AGAUUUUAUUUUUAUGAUGUAUCCUAGAAUUCAUAUCGGAAUCUUUGAGGGGAACCACUCCCAGCGCGUUUGAUCGAGUGGUCCUGGUACAUAAUGUUGGUGCGAUGGGCGAUAUCUCCAAAUCGGCAAACGAUAUGUUGGACGUGAACGUCUGGAGGGAAUUCUACGAUCUGAACUUUUUCGUGCCUACCGUAUUAAACGCUGUGGUCAUGAAUACGUUUGCUAGUAAAACUAUUAAGAAGACGAUUGUCAACAUUACAUCCUUAUUCGCAAUUCAACCGUGCGCUGGUUGUAGCCAAUACGCUUCAGUGAAAGCAGCACGAGAAAUGUACUUUAAGGUCUUUGCUCUGGAAAACCCUGAUGUUAACGUGCUAAGUUACUCACCGGGACCUGUGGACACGGAUAUGUUUGUAAUGGCAUGCGACAAAAUUGCUGAUCCCAAAUCUAAAGAAAUGUUCAAUGAGAUGAAAGAAUCGAAAACCGUGUUGACUACAGAACAGACUGUCAAUCGUCUUGUGCAAGUCUUGAAAGCACAUAAAUAUAAUUCGGCCGAUCAUGUCGAUUAUUACGAUGAGUUGAUCGAAGCAGAAAAACCGACAUUUAUAGAGAGAAAAAAUUAAUAAAACACAAAAGUCAAAUAAAUUUAUUCUUUUACAUUGAAAAUAAUUUUGUUUUAUAUU